AAAUAUUUUUUUGCGUUUGCAUGCCAUGAAAUUACUGGAGGCCAUGAUAACCUGAACUUUGACUUUCCAAGAAGUUAUUUGGGGAACAACUUCGCGGGAAAAUUGAGCUUCUACAGCGGGGAAAGAAGAGGAUUUCCUGAUUUGGGCCGUGCCUGGAGGGACACAGAAGGCAUCAUGUCCAGCAAGGCUAAGAUGGUCCAGGAGGUGAAGAAGGACAUCAGGUCCCUCCUGAUCUCCGCCCAGCGUGGGCUGACCGCCACCAUGCUGCUGGACGACUACAAACAGUUCAUCGGUCAUCCGCUGCCCUACAGGGAGCUGGGAUACAACGCACCGAUUGAUUUCAUCCGGGACAUCAGUGAUGUGGUCCAGCUGACCUGGCAGGGUAGUAUGCAGGUGCUGCGGGCGGUGGUGGAUGAGGAUACCCAGCGUGUAGCUAAUCUGGUGGCCAGACAGAGGGAGAGCAGGCCGAGGCGGAUGUACGAGAGAAAGGCACAUCCUCGACCCAGGCCGCUUCAGCCUGCUCCUACAGCCAGUGUUCCUGCUGGCGUAAGAACACAGGUAAAGCAGCUGUUAGCAUCCUACCCUAGUGGGAUCCCAAGCUCUGCUUUCAACACUGCAUUUGGCCGAAGGUUUGGCAGCCAGAUCAACUACACUAAGCUGGGAUACAAGUCCAUGGGAGAACUGCUCAGGGCACUCCGGGACAUUAUACUAAUACGACCGCAGGCUGGCAGCACUUUUCGCAUCUACGGUAGAGGUGACUCUUCUAACCGUUCCACAACCCAAGUUGUGGAAGCUGGAGAGCCGCACCAAAGACCCAUACUUGUGGAAAGAGCGAAGAGUCCCACACAGACAGAGUAUGAGCUGUUAAAGCCACACAGAAGUACAGAACAGCCCAAACCCAAACCCACACCCAAACCUGAACCUGCCUCAUGUGGGGUCAUCGACCCUGUUCUGAAGGCAGAAAUCACAGAGGUUCUUGCAGAACGGCCCAAUGGGAUGUGGGCGAAAAGACUGCCAUUUGAAUAUAAGAAAAAACUCGGGAAAGAGCUACCGCUACAGGAAAAUGGGUUCUACAGUGUGAUAGAGAUGAUCUCAGCUCUAACUGAUGUUGCUGUUAUCACACGACCCAACCCUAACGGAGACUGGUGGCUAUGUGAACAGAAGGCCUACAGAAAGAAGGAAGAGGAGAAGGUGAUAGCACCAGUUGCCAGUCCCCCCUCCCUGGAGAUGUUGAUCGUACAAGUCUUACUGAAACAUCCGGAAGGCAUCAAGAGUAAACAGUUCCCUGAGGUAUUCAAGACCCAAACUGGACGUACCCUACCUGUGCAAGAGCGAGGAUACAGGAGUACAGAGACUCUACUCCUGGACAUGGAAGAUUACGUCAGGAUGGUUUAUAAGGGAGCAGGAACUGUGAUGCUGUAUGCUAGAGAAGGUGCACUGAAAAAACUACAACCACAAGAGAAACCAGUAGUAAAGGAAGAGGUUCAAGAACAACCAAAGCCUCGGGUUAAGAGAGAUGACCACGAGGGCAUCCCCAUUGACGCAGUAGGAAGUGGGGUGUUCUACCCACAGUUACCCCUCCCCGAGCCCACAGCGGAAGAGCCCCUGUACAUAGAGGUGUACAUCUGUAACGUUGUGGAUCCGGGAAACUUCCAUGUGCAGUUCCGAGGGCAGCAGACAGCCGACGCACUGGAGGAUUUGAUGGACAGACUGGAGAAGGUUUAUUGCAGUGAUGAAGGGAAGAGGUACAAGAUGAGACCAGACCUGAUCGCCAUGGGGCAGGCCUGCGUGGCCAUGUUUCCUGAGGAUGAGAACUGGCACAGAGCCAUGAUCACCGCCAUACCCAGCCUGGACUUCGUAACGGUGUCAUAUGUUGACUAUGGGACGAUAGCAAGUGUGCCCAAGAGCGCCCUCCGCAUGCUGAAGGCAGAGUUUUUGCACCUCCCUAUUCAAGCUGUGAAUGCCAGACUAGCCAACAUCCAGCCCAACUCACUGGAAAAUCAGUGGACCAGCGCUGCUCGGGACAGGUUGUUGAGUCUGACCAGAGACAAACCAUUAGUAGCACUGGUCACCCAGGUGGACAUCCAGGGCCGAAAGUUGUCCCUAUGUCCGUGUGACACAACCACAGACCAGGACAUCCAUAUCAAUGACACACUAGUGAGUGAGGGACAUGCCAUCUUGUCUCCUGAUGUCGACCUAUGGUCCACUUCCGCAGACGCCGCAAACACUAAGUUGACUUCAGCUGGAGCAUCACAGUCUGUCAAUCAAAACUCUGAUGUGCCUGUAUCCACCAAUCAGGAGACAGGAGGAGUUGCCCAGCUUCAGGACCUACAGGAUGUUGUAAUGCCUGGCAUGAUUGGCUCCAUCUAUCCCAGCCUCUUCCCUACCUUCCCUGAUCUGUCUCAUGGACCAUUCGGCCAAUCAGCUCCCCUGGACAUGUCGUGUCCGUCUGACCGUCGGGAGGCGGCAGGUGAGGACCAGCCUGGUCCUGGCCAGGAGGAUGCCCUGUUCAUGCAGCAGGUGAGCCAGGAACUGGACAUGGAGGAACCACAGGAGGAACCACCCAAGCCUAGGCACAUCAAACAGGUCCAGCUGACAGAUGAGCACCAUAUAAGCAUUAUUAAGUACCAGGACAAGCCCUAUGUGAUCAGUGGGGAAUUGUCUGCCUUCUUCUGGGACUCUGACCUCCUACGAUCCAUGAUAACAGGUUCAGGUCCGAUCCUGGAACUGAUCUUCUGGACCGAGGCCGAACCUGUACCUGAAUUUUCUGAACCGGUACCCAACACUAGUCAGUUGCGUCAAAAGAAGGUGGUCAUGCCUAAGGAGGUUGUGACUUCCGAUCUGUGUCCAGAGCUGUUUGAAGAGUUACAAAGGUUAAAGGUAAAAGGCAUCUAUGAUGGUGAAAGUGUGAGGACACAUCUCACCAUAUAUGAGCUGCAGUGUGUUCCUGAUAUCCUGCUAGCCUUUGAGCACUCAUCCUUGGAACUAGCAGACAGAAUAGAGGAGGAGAUACAGAGCUUUGAUCCUGAACACCCUUACUGGAAGGGCAUUGACCUUCCUGAUGAUGACAGCCAGGAUGAUGAUGAUGAGGAGGAUAGUGAUGAGUAUGAGUUCACCCUGGACCAACUCAGACUCACCCUGCAGACUCUACAGAUCAGAAGACAGCGUAUCCUACACGAGAUGGUGAACAGUCCUGGAGCCAACAGUGUGGAUGAGCUGAACGGUGUCGAGUUGCAGAUGACGGAUGUCCGUAACAGGAUCAAACACAAGGAACAGGAGGAGAAGGAAGCAACUGAAGAUGAGCUGGCCUCUUCCUUCCGUCCCCUGGGUUUCCAGGCAUCCACUCACGACGAGGUCAUCCAGAGGUGUGUUGACCAGCAAUACCAGUCCCAGACCCAGACCAAAGGUCAAGCAGACAUGGACACUGGUGGACACUCGGACAAGGCUGGGAAAGGGACACAGGCCACUAAGGAGUUAGAACCAGACAAGACAGAAGAUAAGACUACUGUAAACUGGAGCAGCGGGAAGGAAGUGGACACGUCUAAGAAGAAAGAAGAAAGCCCUCAGAAACAGGAAGGAGCACCACCUGCUUGCACUGUGGAGUCUACAGAGAGGGAGACAGUGACCUCUAACAAAGUGGCAGAAGAGUCUACAACAACAAGUGAAAAACUACAGGCACCAGUAAAAAGCAUUGCCAGCCACCCGGUUGUUGCAGUAAAGCCCCAGCAGGGACAUGACAGUAGAGGACAAGGCGGAGGGACUAUGGUCAGGACACCGCCGGGUCCACCCCCCUCACAUCCACCGGGUCCACCCCCCUCUCACCCGCCGGCCAUGUCUCCCUACAUGCAACAACCCUCAGAGCAGCUUCCAAACGUGUACCAACAACAGCCGGUACAGUACACGGUCACAGCUACAGCACAGUACUACCAGCAGUACAGCCCUCAACAGCACAGCCAACAGCAGUACACCCCGCAACAGCACAGCCAACAGCAGUACACCCCGCAACAGCACAGCCAACAGCAGUACACCCCGCAACAGUACGGUCAGCAACAGCACAGCCCACAACAGUACAACCAGCAACAGUACAGCCAACAACAGUACAACCAACAACAGUACAACCAACAACAGUACAACCAACAACAGCACACCCCACAACAGUACAACCAACAACAGUACACCCCCCACCAGCAGUACACACCCCAGCAGUUCCCACAUCAGUACCCCCCUCAGCAUCUCUUCAUGAACCAGCAGCCCCCUCGUAACGAGGUUCCCCUCACCCAGGGGAUGUACAUCCCCCCAGACAUGCAGGUCCAACCCUACCACAGGAUGAUGUACCAGUAUAACAAUGGGAACAUAUAUGGGAUGGGAGGGCAGGUCCCUCUGGGACAAGGUAGGGGGCAGACCAUGUAUAACAACUUUAGGUAAGGAAGGAUACAGUGUAGUGUAGUACUAGUGUAGUGUAGUGUAGUGUAGUAAAGAAAAGUAUUCUGUAGUGCAGUAUUCUGUAAUAGUAACUUUCACCAAAGGGCUUGAAAAAACUCACGAAAAAUUCACCAAAGAAUUAGAGACAUGGUAAAGUCACACAUAGUUCUUUAGACCUUUGCCUUGGGUGUGUUAUCCAUCAUUAAUUCACUGUGGGUUAAAAUAGUAGCAAAUGUCACUGUAAUAUGGCACAUUUUGAUGAUCAUUUGUGAAGUAGAGCGUUUCAGUUGAAAAUGUUGGUAAAGUUCGGAUGGCAUAAGAAGAAAGACAAGAAAGUCAUUGCAUGUCGACAGUGUUGACAGUAUUGUUUGGGUCUAUUUCCAUUCCAAGUUUAAAGACCUUUUUCUGUUUCUUCCAAGGAGUUGUAGUCAGAAUAAAGAACUAUUUUUGUACCAGUAAGAUCAUGGACCAAGUAACAGAUUAGACCAAAGAAGAAUAUUUUCGUUACAGUUCGAAAAGAGCAACUGCUUUUAUUUUUGUACUUUUUAUGUAAGCCAUUUUGUAUGUUCCUUUUGUUGUUGCAAAUAACGUUAUGACAUUAGAUGAGUAGUACUAGUAGAGGUAGUAGAGUUUCUUUAGGUUUCUAACAAAACAAAAUGCUUAACUUACUAUAAUUGCAACACGUCAAGUCGAAGUACUGUUUAACGUACUGUUGCAACUAGAAGUAUUGGUUAGAUGAAGCAAUUAUCAUCCUGGAUACAACGUUAAUGUCUGGAUUAUUGGUCUUUUUUUUCAUUGUUUUAUUGACUUUGUUUUUCAUUAGGUAGGUAUUAUGUUUUGUUUCAGGGGUUGCACAACUUACCAGUUAAAAUGCUAACUCAUUAAAAUGUUGUUACAUUAGAUGAUAGUGAAACAAUCUUUGGUAUCUAUUAAAACAGACAUAUGAUAAAGAGUGUCUGAAUACCUUGAUAAAAGGAAUGACAGCUUGGUAAAGCUAGUUCACCUUUAUCCACAAGGUAACCUCUAUCUGUUGAUUUUAGUUAGGGAUAUCAAGUCAAUGGACGGAGGUUUCAAGUUGCAGUUUGAAACCAGCAUCUGUCGACUUGGAAUCCCAAAAUACCCUGUUUUUAAAAACAACGGAUAUAAGUUACCCUGUGGAUAAAGGUGAACUAACUUUACCUCAUGGAAUUUCAAAGUAGACUGUAGAAAUUGUUUGAAGGUAGAUCAUAGAAUUCAUUUAACACAGCUGUUAGUGAUUUAAGUGGCCUUUUGAUGAGAAUAGCAAACUGUUAUUGAUAAUAUCAGAAGAACAAUAUUUUGAUUAUUCUGAUAUCUAUACAAAAGUUGUACUAGAGUUAGCUUUAGAACCUCAUAAAGAAUCAUAUGAAGGUUGGACUAACAAUUGCACUUUUGCCGUUCAAUAAAACGAUUUUGGACAAACUU